UCUUUCGAGCUCACCUAAUCUAGGAGCCAAACAUACACAAACAUGGCGAAAAUGCAGGCGGACAAGAUGCUGUCCCCUCUCUGGUGUUCCAUAUGCUUCUUGGUCCUGGCGCUUUCCGGGGGAACCCCGUCGGUCCUCCAUCUUCACCAAGAGCGACGCUACACCCUUCCUCAGAACAGAGGCUUUUUCACCGUUGGAGCGAAUCUGGAUGUAUUCGCGCGAGAUGGAAGAGGCGCCGCGGCUCCAGCGCUGCCUCUGGCCGCUCAAGUUGCGUCCGGUUCAGGCGCCCAGGGGGAGCAACGGAGCCGACGGAGCGCUGGCAAGUCGGCCAUGCCGAAGGUUUACGGCCAGGCCAACUUGAAUGACUCUCAUAAUCAGAUGGUGGUACACUGGGCUGGUGAGAAGAGCAACGUCAUUGUAGCCUUAGCCCGAGAUAGCACGGCAGCCACUGGGCCCAAAACCAGUUCUGUCUACGUUUCGUACAACUAUGGGACAACUUUCAUACCAGUGUCGGCCAACUUCCAGCUCUCUGAAGCGAAGGCCAAGAACGGCAGUAAACAGGUCAUCUCUCAGUUCUACCACAGUCCUGCAGACAACCGCAGGUAUCUGUUUGUGGACUCCACCAACAACUACUUGUGGAGCACAUUUGACUUCUGUAAGACGGUGGAAGGCUUCUCCGUCCCGUUCAGACCCACUGACCUGCUGCUUCAUCCAAGACGCUCCAACCUGCUGCUGGGAUACGAUGGCUCCCAUCCCAACAAACAGCUGUGGAAGUCAGACGACUUUGGGGAGACGUGGGUGUUGAUCCAGGAACAUGUGAAGACCUACUUUUGGGGUGUGGAGCCCUACGACCCCUCCACCACAGUGCUGGUCCAGAGACAUGAGCCACAAGGCGUCUCCACCAUACUAAGUAGCACCGAUUUCUUCCAGAGCGAACAGAACCGGAAAGUGAUCCUGGAGCAGGUGGACAGCUUCCAGCUGAGAGACAAGUACAUGUUCGCUACAACCACACGGAGAUUGCUGAGCAGCCAUAACUCAUCAUCUGUUCAGCUCUGGGUCUCCUACAACCGCCAGCCGAUGAAAGCUGCCCAGUUCAUGACCCGGCAUCCAAUCACAGAGUACUACAUUGCAGAUGCAUCAGAGGACCAGGUGUUUGUUUGUGUGAACCACACAAACAAUGCCACACACCUGUACAUCUCAGACACACAGGGCCUGUCCUUCUCUCUGUCACUUGAGAAUGUGCUGUACUACAGUCCUGGGGGCUCAGGCAGCAACACACUUAUCCGGUACUUUGCCAACGAGCCGUUUGCAGACGUGCAUCGGGUGGAGGGACUCCGCGGCGUUUUCAUCGCCACGCUCAUCAACGGCUCAGUCAGCGAGGACAACAUGCGCUCGGUCAUCACAUUUGACAAGGGGGGGACAUGGGAGUUGCUGCUGGCACCUACUGCUGACAGCCUGGGAGGAACGGUGGACUGCCAGCUCAGUAAAGGUUGCUCUCUCCACUUGGCUCAGCGGUGGAGCCAGCUGUUUAAUAUCCAGUUGAGGAGGAUGUCCAUUCUAUCCAAAGAGUCGGCUCCAGGACUCAUCAUGGCCACGGGAUCUGUUGGCAGGAAUCUGGCCAAUAAGCCCAAUGUGUACAUAUCAAGCAGUGCUGGAGCCCGGUGGAAAGAGGCUCUGGCAGGCCCUCACUUUUACACUUGGGGGGACCAUGGUGGUAUCCUGAUGGCCAUCAUACAGGGAGGCUCCACCAAACAUCUGAAGUUCAGCACCAACGAAGGCGAGACGUGGAUUGAAUUUAAGUUCUCAGACAAGGAAGUGUACGUGUACCAGCUGCUGACGGAGCCAGGGGAAAAAAGCACCAUCUUCACCAUCUUUGGCUCGUACGCUGAGCAGAGGCACAGCUGGCUCAUCCUGCAGGUCAACACCUCUGAUGUUCUGGGUGUUCCGUGUUCUGAGGCCGAUUACAAGCGCUGGUCUCCAUCAGACGAGCAUGGUAACGAGUGUCUGCUGGGCAGGGAGGUGACCUUCAAGAGAAGAGCUCCUCACGCCACGUGCUUCAAUGGGGAAGACUUUGACAGGCCUGUCACCAUCUCCAACUGUUCCUGCACCCGCCAGGACUAUGAAUGUGACUAUGGCUUUAAGCUGAGUGAGGACUUGUCUCUUCAAGUGUGUGUACCUGACCCGGAGUUCCUGGGAGACCUCUAUGCUCCUCCAGUUCCUUGUCCCAUUGGUACCAGCUACCGCCGCAGCAAAGGCUACAGGAAGGUACCAGGGGACAGCUGCAGUGGGGGAGACGUUGAGGCCAGGCUGGACGGAGAGAUGCUGCCCUGUCCUGUUGGAGAGAGUAAUGAGUUCAUCCUGUAUGCCGUGAGGAACUCCAUCCACCGCUACGACCUGGCCACCGGCACCGACCAGCCCCUACCUCUGGUUGGCCUUAGGGAAGCCGUGGCACUGGACUUUGACUAUGACAGGAACUGCCUUUACUGGGCGGACAUCUCGCUGGACACCAUCCAGCGUCUUUGUUUGAACGGCAGCACAGGUCAGGAGGUCAUUGUGAGGAAAGAUCUGCAGAAUGUGGAGGCUCUGACCUUUGACCCCAUCAGCAGGCUGCUGUACUGGGUUGAUGCAGGAGCCCAGAAGAUUGAGGUUUCUAAUCCUGACGGAGACCUGCGUCACACUUUGCUUAACUCCUCCGUCCUGGAACACCCCCGAGCUCUGGUCCUGCUGCCUGCAGAAAGUAUGAUGUUCUGGACUGACUGGGGAGACCGGGCAGCCGGCGUCUACCGGGGCUACAUGGAUGGAAGCAAUGUGUCCUGCAUCGUGGCAGAAGGAGUCCGCUGGCCCAACGGGAUCACUGCAGACGACCGGUGGCUGUACUGGACCGAGGCGUUCAGCGACCGCAUCGAAAGGGCAGACUUCACCGGGGGACAGAGGAGCAUUCUGAUGGAGGGACUGCCCCAUCCGUAUGCCAUUGCUGUCUUCAAGAAUGAUCUGUACUGGGACGACUGGUCAAGAAUGGGAAUCUUCAAAGCUCCAAAAGCUGGAUCUCAGAACAAUGAGCUGAUUGUUGGCAGAUUAACUGGAGUCAUGGACCUCAAGAUUUUCUAUAAGGGAAAGAACAAGGGGCAUAAUGCCUGCACCUACCAGCCAUGCAGUUUGCUGUGUCUCCCACAACCUAGCCACAAACACACCUGUGUUUGUCCGGAGGGUGCACCGACCCUGACCAUACCCAAUGGAGAGCUGCAGUGCCAGUGUCCCCCUGGUUACCAGCUCCAAAAUAACACCUGCACCAAAACCGAGCACAGCUGCUUGCCCAAUCAGUACCGCUGUACCAACGGACGCUGCAUCAGCAGUAUCUGGAAAUGUGACAGCGACAAUGACUGCGGAGACAUGAGCGAUGAGCAGGAGUGUCCCACUACAACUUGUGAUCCAUCCAACCAGUUUCGCUGCAUAGCCUCGGGCUCGUGCAUCCCACUGGCCUUUAAGUGUGACCACGAAGACGAUUGUGGUGACAACAGUGAUGAGGAGCACUGUGAGUCUCACCAGUGCGGCCCCGGAGAGUUCACAUGUGCACAAGGCAUUUGCAUCCGUGAGGUGUGGCGCUGCGACGGGGACAACGACUGCAGAGACUGGUCAGAUGAAGCCAACUGCACAGUGGGUCACCAUACAUGUGAACCAAGCAGCUUCCAGUGUCACACAGGUCACUGUAUACCACUGCGUUGGAAGUGUGACGGAGAUGAUGACUGUCAGGACAACUCGGAUGAAGAUCCUCAGUAUUGUGAGGGUACCCAGUGUAAAGGUUUCCUGUGCUCUAAUGACACCUGCCUGCCAGCCAAAGCUCACUGCAAUGGGAACCACGACUGUCCUGACGGUGCUGAUGAGCUCAACUGUGAUCCCCUUUGUACUCGGUACAUGGAGUUUGUUUGCAAGAACCGUGCCCAGUGCCUGUUUCAGUCUCUGGUGUGUGACGGUAUUAAGCACUGUGAGGACGGCUCUGAUGAGGAGGCUGCGUAUGCUGGAUGUGCUACACCAUCCGAGUUUGGCAAAGUGUGUGAUGCCUACACAUUUCAGUGUGCCAACGAAGUAUGUGUGAGCCUGGAGUGGAAAUGUGAUGGCAUGGACGACUGUGGGGAUUAUUCUGAUGAAGCCAACUGUGCUCACACUCCUGAGGUGCCAGGUUGCUCCCGAUACUUCCAGUUUGAAUGCGGAAAUGGGCGCUGCAUCCCUACCUGGUGGAAAUGUGAUGGAGAGAAUGACUGUGGUGAUUGGUCGGAUGAGGCACAAUGUACAGGGGGCGUUACUCCCCAUGCUGUCACAUUUGGUCCCGUCACAUGUGCGCCCAACCGUUUUCAGUGUGGCUCCGGAGCCUGCAUCAUCAACACCUGGGUCUGCGAUGGCUACGCCGACUGUCCUGAUGGCACUGAUGAGCUUGGAUGUCCCACAGCAGCUAAUAGCUCCAUGGCCCCGGCCCCUCCUUUAUCCCCUGGACGCUGCACUCAGCAUCAGUUCCAGUGUCACCAUCCCCCCCACUGCAUCCAGGAGUGGCUGCGCUGUGACGGACACCCACACUGUGAGGACAGCUCAGACGAAGCCAACUGCCCCACAUGGCAGUCUCUGCUCUGCACCAACGGGACUCGCUGUUCUGAUGGUGAGCUUUGCGUGUUGGAUAGCGAGCGCUGUGACGGCUACCUGGACUGUUCAGACCACAGCGACGAAGAAAACUGCACCAUGGACACACUUGCCUACAAAGUCCAGAACCUCCAGUGGACCCCAGACUUCUCUGGCGCCAUCACUCUGAUCUGGUCCCGUCCCAAGAACCUCCCCUCGAACUCCUGCUACUUCCUUGUACACUACAGGCUGGUGGGAAUGCAGGAGUGGACCAAUAUGGACACCCACAGCAACAAAACCAGCUACAAACUGGCUGUGCUGAAACCAGACACCACCUACCAGGUGAAGGUUCUCACUCAGUGCCUAAACAAGCUGCACAAGACCAAUGAGGCCAUCACCAUCAGGACGCCCGAGGGAUUUCCUGACCCGCCCAGGAACCUGCAGCUGACUUGUGACAGUAAUGAGGAUGGUACAGUGAAGGUUUCCUGGAGCCCCCCUGACAACAGGCAUGGUCUUAUCAGAGAGUACAUUGUUGAUUACAGUGAGGACAAGGUUCCUGAUUGGACAUCACAAAGAUCCACCAAGAACAUCACUGAGGUGAAAGAGCUGCAGCCUGACACGCUGUACAGAUUCAGGGUGGCUGCAGUGACCAGUCGAGGUGUUGGAAACUGGACUGAGAUUAAAUCCAUCACUCCCCAGAAAGCUCUGCCUCCUCCUGUAGUGAAAGCUAUCAAUAUCUCCUCUGACUCCAUGUCAUUCAGCCUCAGCUCCCAGUCUGAAACCAAAUAUUACAUUGUAAACCUGCACUGGCAGUUUGACUCUCAUGUGAAAGAGAGCCACAUGUACAACAUCACCCAGGGAGAGUUUAAAGCCACAAACCUGACAGCGGGGACGGUGUAUGAGGUGGCUGUUUGGGCUCACACCAGUAUAGGAGACAGCCCCACCGCUUUGUCACACUACCAGACCCGUGGCACCCAGCCAGAGCGCCCUCUCCUCAAAGCCAAGGCUCUUAACCAGACAGCGGUGGAAUGCAGCAUCAGCAUUGACUCCGCUCCACUGGUUUAUGGUGUGUUUUAUGCCACCUCUUUCCUGGAUCUGUACCGCAGUCCUCAUCAGGUCCAAAGCACAUCCCUGAGCCUCUCUGUGACUGUUGACAGCGAUGAGCAGUAUCUCUUCCUGGCUCGGGUUGUCUCUCCCUUCCUGGGUCCUCCCUCUGACUACGCUGUGGUGAAAAUGAUCCCUGACGAGAGGCUGCCUCCGCGGAACCUCCAUCGUGUGCAUGUGGACAAGACACAGGCCACCCUGAAAUGGCAGCCACCCUACGACACACCAGAUGCCCCCCUGACAUAUGUGAUUCACGUGAAAGAUGUAAUCCGGAAAGGGGAGAGGGACUACAAGCUGACUACCCAGAACAACACGGUGGAGUACCUGCUGAGAGGCCUGGAGUCGGGAGGAAGGUACAGCGUCUCCGUCCGCCUUCGCAACAUGACCAAGGAGGCCAGCUUCACCCUCAACACAGUUCCUUUGCCUGCUCCAGAAGCCUUGAAAAUUCUGACAGAAAAUGACAAUGUGUUCCUCUUCUGGAAGAGCCUUGCAGUCCGAGAGAAGGGCUUCAAUGAGAGCAGGGGAUAUGAGGUCCAUGUGGUUGACAGUGUGACCAACCAGACAGUUUAUCUAGGAAACACCACAGAAACUUACUUCCGCAUCAGCAGUCUGCUGGUGGGACACAACUACACAUUCUCGGUGCAGGCCAGGUGCCUGCUGGGUGGCCAGCUGUGUGGGGAACCUGCACUCUUGCUCUACAACCAACAGACAGGGAGCAGCGAUGCAUCCCGCAGUGAGAACCAUUCCAGAGAUAUGGCAUCAGUGGUGGUUCCUGUCCUCUUUCUGCUGGUGGUGGUCGUGGGCAGUGGCCUAGUGGCGCUCUAUAUACGACACCGCCGGUUGCAGAACAACUUCACUGCCUUUGCCAACUCCCACUACAACUCACGCCUUGGUUCUGCCAUCUUUUCCUCUGGGGAUGAAUUAGGUGAUGAUGAUGAAGAUGCUCCGAUGAUCAGUGGUUUCUCCGAUGAUGUUCCCAUGGUUAUUGCAUAGCAGAACAUCUCUUUUACUACACCCGCCCCCCCUCCUGCUCCUUGUGUACCCUUUUCCCCUCCCUGAGCCCCCGGCACUCCCCAUCAGUGGUGCCUGCACAUCGAAGCGUCAGGAUAACAUGUGGAAACUUGCAUCAACUGGAAUCCAUCCACUUGGCAGGAAACAUAAAGAAAAAUGAGAAUAUCUUAAAAGAUUAAUAUUUUUCAAGGGUACAAUGCACUUUUUUGGAGGCGCAGUAACUUAUUUUUUGUAAUGUUAAAUAUAUGUGUAUGAUGUGGGGCCAGAAAAAGUACUUGGAGGAAAAAGUAGAAACAGAAGAAAACCGUGAAUGAUCGGAGUUUGUCUGGCGAAUGAAAGACCCAAUCUGGAAUUUAAACUCUGCACUGGCAUUGUUUAAAGCCAAAAUAAGUAAACGGAAAAUUUAGAGAGAGAAAAAGGGAGACGAAAAAACUAGCUUCAGGUCAGUAAAAGGUAGAUGUUUUAGUAGUGCAAUGUGUACUCUUGAAGUAUAUGUUGUACUAUAUAAGCAUGUCCAUAUUUGGUGCCCCAUGUGAGGCAGCUGGAAGAAUUCACUGUGGAUCAUGUUCCGUAUUUGCAGAAGAAUCCGCCAGUACACCCCAACAUGUCUGUCACUGGACAUAGUGUACAUAGAGAAACACUUUUCCAUUUUACCACCAGCACACUGUUUUUUGUAGAGUCAAACACACAGGCAGGGAUUGGAGAAUAAGCCUGACAUUUGGCCUCCAUGCUUUGCAAAAAUCAUCUUACCUAUUUGUAAAUAUUGACUUUUUAAGAUCGUCUCCUUGUAAUGCUGUACCAUAUCAUUAUGUAAAAUGUGUAUUUUGGUUGUUUUGGUUUUUUUUAAUCCUUCAGGAUGACAAAUUAUUGUCCCGAGCAUUUUUGCCUUAGCUGUGAUCAUAGAGCAAGUGAGUUCAGGGUUCUCAGGGAACUGUGUCAGAGCGGACACCAGCGCAGCAUCAUAGCCACUACCACGGCUUUUUCUCAAAUGGACGUUUACUGAUGAUCAGUUUUUUAAAGAGCUUUGGGUGGCUCAAGCAGGUUUCUGUCACUGAUUAGGUGACAAAGUCAAGACCUUAAUGGGAUCGUUUGAAUCGUGUUCUGUGGAGAGGUUAUGAGCAGGUAACAUCUCCUGCAGUAGCUCCUCAAAAUGGAUAGUUUGGAACUUUUAAUAUGAGCAGUUUACAGCUGCAGUAUAUAACUUUUAUAAUAUAUAUAUAUAUAUAUAUACAGUACAGACCAAAAG